AUGCUUCAUUUCACCAAACCGGCACCGACUAGCACUUCAACCAUAAGUACUCCAGUAUCAACAAGUAAUCUGGAACCAACGAUAACCACGUGCCUAGUAUCCCGUCCACAACGUCAUUCCGUGCUGUUAGCGACAAUGUUACUAAAAGCAAAGUCAUCAAAUGGAUCUUCUCAUACUUUGCGCGCACUCGUCGACACCGGGUCAGAAGCCAGUUUUGUCACCGCACGCUGCGCUGAUAAAUUAUCACUCCAACGUCGACGGUGUACGUCACAAGUACGUCCUUUCGCUGGAUCAACAAUUAAUAUUGUUUCCGGAAUUGUUACGAUCACUCUAUCUGCCGUGUCCACAAGUGUACCAACUGUGACCGUCAACACCAUGGUCGUUCCGAAAAUCGUAGAUCAACUUCCACAUCUCCGUUUGUCGUCAGACACAUGGCAACACUUAACGGACCUACCAUUAGCUGAUCCAACGUACAACACACCUGGUCCAAUCGAUGUCUUACUUGGUGCAGACAUCGUACCAUCCAUCAUGACGGGCCACCGAGUGACCGGUAAAAUCACUCAACCCAGUGCGUUUAAUACCAUAUUUGGUUGGAUAGUCAUGGGACCAGCUGAUCAACUACCAGCACCCGCCGUGACGACAUUGACUGUUCAAUCUAAUACUGAGUUGGAAUCCGCACUAACCCGCUUUUGGAAACUCGAGGAACCAUCACUACCAUUGUCAACAAUUGAUGACACUGACCCAGCAGAACAGAUUUUUACAAAGUCCAUCACCCGAACUCCAUCUGGGCAGUUCUGCAUUGGGUUACCAUUUAAAACACCUAAUCCAAUUAUUGGUGACUCAAAAGGUCAAGCGCUUCAUCGUCUCCGACACCUCGAAGUGAGAUUAGCCAGAGACAACAAUUUACGAACAAAAUACGUCGACUUUAUGCAAGACUAUUUGGACAGCAAUCACAUGGAGCUCGUUCCCAUUCAGCAACGCUCCACGCCACACCACUAUUACCUUCCACAUCAUUGCAUACUACGUCCUGAUAGUUAA